AUGAAGGUAGUCCUUCAUCUAGGGUUCAUUUUCCUCACCAAGGCCGUCCAUGGUAAGAAAAUGGAAAGGUGUGAAUUUGUAAAAAGAAUACAUCAGCUACAUGUGGAUAAACUCCAUGAUUUUUUCCUGAUCUCCUGGGUGUGCUUGGUAGAAGCAUUGAGUAAUUUGAACACCACAGCUACACACUACAGCCCUAAAGAUCAAAGCACCGAUUAUGGGAUAUUUCAGAUCAAUAGUCGCUACUGGUGUGAUGAUGGCAAGACACCAAAUUCAUUGAAUAGGUGUGGAGUCAAUUGCUCAGAACUUCUGGAAGAUGACCUCGUUAAAGCAGUAAACUGUGCAGUGAAGGUUGGAGGUUUACUGGCAUGUCCUUUGCUAAGAAGCUGCAGUAUUCAUUCUGGUCACCAGAGGGGGCUGAAGGAGAAGAUGUUGAGGCUACACUGCCCACACUCUAGUCAUACUCAAAGCAGCUAG